UCGCAUGACGUCAGGGGGUAGCGGACAAAACUCUCCCGAUAUGUUUGCGACAGUAACAGAAGAACUGUUCUCGUCGUGGAAUUGUUACUUGGCCGCCAUUUGAGGCAGAAGUGACAGGACGCGAAGCAAUAGUGUUGUGCGGGAGUUCAUUUGAAGUUUUUGGAACGUUUUUGAGUGUGCACGCGACAGACAUGCGCGCUCUGAAGUCACCGAAUGCCGUUAGUCCGAAAGUCGUCAGCCAGGCGCUACAGGCGGCCCGUGCCAAAAUCUCCAACCCAUUCAGCAAGGUCGGGAACCCGCUGGGCAAAUUCAUGCCCAGUGUCCCCUCCGCCUUUCGGAGGAACUCCAAGACGCCGUCGGUGGGGACCGCGGACACCCCGGAGUCUCCAGACGCGAGCUGCGCAGAAGGGCUGGUGGUAACCCCACCCACUUUCCAGGAGUGGCUGAGUAGGCGGAGCUUCUCUGAGGCCAGCCGGCUGCUGAUUGGGCGAGAGGAGCGUCUGUAUGGGAGGGGCCAGCACAAGGAGGACGGACUACAAGAAAAUCAGGAGGAGGAGCUGGAGGAGGAGGAGGCGGGACUAAGGCAGGACUACGAGACACUAUUGGAGGAGAUCAAGAAGGUAAUUGGCUCCUCCCUCUUCGUAACGAACCAAUCGGAGAAGGAUGCGCUGACAGAGGCGGUGCUAGCCAUGCAGCAGGAGGAGGAGCAAGACCUGAGAUGGGCAGGGCCGAGUUGGCAGAACGCCACGGGGUGUCCUGAUUGGAGGCCCCUGCGUGUCAGACACGCCCACGACACUCUAUUGGAGGAGAUUGUGAAGAGGCGUGUCCAGGAAGUGGGGCUUUGCGAAGGGGGCGGGUCGUCUAUCCAGAGAGAUCUGCUUGGUCUUGGCCGGCGAAUCAGAACAGACCUGCUUCAGGUGUGUCGAGAGGUGAGGGGGUGUUACCCUGGAGAUAUGGGCGUGGUCAGGAUGUAUGCCUGCCUCUACCACCAGGCCUUUAGUGCCCACCUGCGCAGCCUGACGGAAUUCACCUUAGAUCACCAGGACAACACACACCUACUCAGCUGGGUGCUCCGACACUACCCCAGUAUCCUCCAGGAGGAAGAGUUGGCCUCAGAGCUGGAUGCUGAUUGCUUGGAGCCGCUACUGCCAGCAGAUGUGAUUGGAGCACUAGUAGAACAGUACACACAGGAGAGAGAGGCGAUGCUUCAGAGCUGCUUAGAGAGGAUCCUGAAGAGGGAGGAGCAAAGCUGGAGGGCGGGGACUACAGAGAUAAUUGACGGCUGUCACUUUAGUCCUCUGGCCAUCGACACCAUCCAGUUUGUGGAUGACACUCUGAAGUCUGCUCAAGUUGUCCUGGGAGAGAAGACACAAAUGCACAGAUUACUGUCACUGCUACCUGCCUUCCUCACCAGGUACCAGGAAGUGAUGGAAGGUGUUAUGAGGCAGGAAGCAGCACAACGCAGAGCUGUCGUCAUGGCGAACCUCAGCUGUCUCAGAAUGUUCAGUGAGUAUUUAACAGCGGAGAAGUCAUUGCCUGAGGAUGUGCGUAGCAACUGUGUUGCCCUGGUAACCAGCAUGAUUGACAGCUGCCACAGCCACUUAACUGACAGCAUCCAGCUGAGUCUGAAGGAGACCUAUCGUAAGCUGUGGGUUCCCAGUUGGCUGCAGAAGAGUGAGAGAGUUCGCCAGCAGCUCACAGAUCAACUCCACACACACCUGCUACCCUUACAGGCAGUAGAACAAACCAGCAGACAGGCGUUGCUAUCACAUCUUCACGAGUGUGUGUGUGUGUCGUACGUGCGGCGCAUGCUGAAGAAGAAGUGUCGUCUGAAGGACAGGAAGCAGCAGGAGGCGGCGGCUGAUGCGUGUUGUCUUGACAACAAGACAUUACACACACUCUUCACACAGGCCGGCUGUGAUUUGGGAUGGCGUAAUGACAUUCUCCCAGCACUAGGGGAGCUGUUGAGACUUCAGGACCCAAGCAGCAUCUCACUGGAGCUUCUGACGACUACUACUAAACUGCCUGACAUGAGUAUGGAGCAUCUGUCUGCUCUGCUGCAUUUGAAGUCCAACCUGUCGGAGAAAGACAUCAAGAACAUCAAGAGGACCUUCGCCGAGCUCAUGGAGGCCCACACUGCACACACACACACACCUACACGAGUUUUCUUCAGCAAAGUUGAUCUAAAAAAAUGACCACGUUCACAAAAAUAGGCACUCACACACACACACACACAUGCCACUCACACACACACACACACACACACACACACACACAUACACACACACUGUCGCCGCAGACACACAUGCCACAGACACACAUGCCUCAGACACACCUACAUGUGUCUUCUUCAGAAAAGUUGAUGUAAUUUUUUUUUGCACGUUUACAAAAUCAAGUACACAGGCACAGGCACACACACACACACACACACACACACACACACACACACACACACACACACACACACACACACACACACACACACACACACACACACACACACACACACACACAUACACCAGUACACUGUAAAUAGACGAAAGUAAUUGUUUACUCCAAUAUGUUGGUGUAUGUUCAUUCACAAUUCACAGCAUGUGAACAUCAAUGAGUCCUCAUGCAUUUGAUACUGUAUAUAUCUGUAUAUACCGGUACAUUAUUUUAUAUACUGAACAUUUACUGUAUGUUUACAUCCAUGUAUCUUCAUAUCUUUAUUUAGGCCUACCUCAAAUAAAUGAUAUCAUAGCAAUAAGCCUACUUACUUUCUUUUCUGUCUGUUGGUAUGCCUUUCUUAAUGUUAAGAACAAGAAUAGUCCCAAAUACUAAUAGCUGUGUAUUAAUUAACUGAUUUAUUCAUUAGCGAACUAUUAAUUAUGCUCAGCCAAGUCUAUAAUAAGGGUCCCAAAGUCGGCGAUCACACUUCCUAGGGUAUUAAUCGGAUCACAGAAGCAUACUGACGGCCUGGUGAAUGUAGCUGUUGGUGAGUCUGAUGGUGGUGGUGAUAGGCUCCUGUACCGCUUUCCAGAGUUGGUCGGUCUUUCAAUAUGUGAGUUGAAGGUUUGAAU